ACCAUGGUGUGAGAGCAGGAGACAGUGAGACCUGCCCCACUAGGGCCCUGCACUGGCCCCCAUGGCAUCUGGUGCUGCCACAGGUGCCUUGCACCAUGAGGCUGUUCUGGGGCCUCCUCCUGCUCACAGUGGCCCUGGUGCUGGGAGGGACAACUGCCACCCGCUGCCCUGCGCCCUGCAUCUGCGACAACCUCCGUGCCCAUGUCCUCUGCCUCAACGGGAACCUGACAGCCCUCCCCAGCACCAUCCAGGAGCUCACCAAGAAACUGAACGUUCAGGGCAACAGCUUCACAGUCAUCCCAGCGGGAGCCUUCCUUGCCACCCCCUACCUCACCCACCUGGACCUGCAGCGCUGCAAGGUGGAGAGGCUGGAGGAAGGAGCUUUCCGCGGGCUGGGGAGGCUGCUCUACCUCAACCUGGCCUCCAAUGGCAUAGCCCUCCUCUACCAGGAGUCCUUGGAUGGGCUCUCCUCCCUCCGGCAGCUCAGCCUGGAGGGGAAUCGCAUUGAAGAGAUCCAGCCGGGCGCGUUUGGCCGCCUGGGCUCGCUCACCGUGCUGGACCUGCGGGCAAACGCCUUGGUCUAUCUCCCAGACAUGGUCUUCCAGGGCCUGCAGGCCCUCAGGUGGCUGCGGCUGUCCCGCAACGCCCUCCACGUGCUGGGCAGCGAGGCCUUCGCCGCCCUGCCCGCCCUGCGCAGGCUGAGCCUGGACCACAACGAGCUGCAGGCGCUGCCUGCCCAGGCCCUGGCCAGGCUGGAGGGGGCCACCCGGCUGGACCUGGGCCACAACCCCAUCACCUACAUCGCCGAGGAGGCCCUGGCCAUGGCCUCCCUGAAGCACCUCUCCUUGGACCACGCCGCCCUGCAGGACGUGGCGGCCGAGGCCUUUGCCGGCAGCCCCCAGCUGCGCACGCUGGACCUCCGCCAGAACCAGCUGCGAGGGCUGCCCCCGCUGGCUGGGGCCGGGGGGCUGGCGAGGGUCAGCCUGGCUGGGAACCCCCUGCUCUGCUCCUGCCUUCUGCGCCCCUUCCACAGCUGGCUGGCGAGGGCGCGGGUGCAGGCAGAGGGGUCGUGUGCUGCACCCCCUGCCCUUCGCGGGCGGCCCCUUGACUCCCUGAGCCCCCCCGAGAUGCGAUGCGGUCCCCCCCUGCCGCCCCUCAGCUCCCCAGCACCGUCGGAGCAGCCGAGCGCGGCCAGCUCUGGGCAGUGUCCCCGGGGCUGUACCUGCUCCUCCGAGUUCCAUCACGGGUCCUGCGCGGGCGGGGGCCUGCGGGAGAUCCCCCGGGGCUUCCCCGGCGACACUCGCCUCCUGGACCUGCGCCGCAACGCCUUCGGCACGGUGCCGCCGGGCGCCUUCCCCGGCCUGCGGGCGCUGGCGUCGCUGCACCUGCAGCGCUGCGGCAUCCGAGCGCUGCGCCCCGGCGCCCUGCGCGGGCUGGGCAGCCUGCUCUACCUCUACCUCGCCCACAACCGCCUCUCCACCCUGCCAGCCGCCGCUUUCGAGGGGGCACCGCAGCUGGCCUACCUCGAUCUGGACCACAACGCCUUCACCCACCUGCCCACAGGUGCCUUCCAGCUCCUGCCCAACCUCAUCUCCCUCCACCUGCAGCACAACGCCCUUGGGCAGCUGGAGGGGGGGGCCCUGGCUGGGGCCAGGCAGCUGCGCUGGCUCUACCUUGCAGGGAAUACCAUCGGGCACAUCGCCCCUGCUGCCCUGGCUCCUGCCAAGAUGCUGGAGAAGCUGCACCUGGAGGACAACUGCCUGCCAGCGGUGCCCACGGCAGCCCUGUGGGGCCUGCCUGCCCUGAGCGAGCUGAAGCUGUCCCGAAACCCCAUCAGGCGCCUGGGGUACGGAGCCUUCCAGCCAGUGGCCUCCAGCCUGCAGCACCUCUGCCUGGACAGCAUGGGCCUGGAGUGGAUUUCCCCUGGUGCCUUCACUGGCCUUGGUCCUAAGAUCCGAAGUCUCCACCUGGAGAGCAACAAAAUGAGCAACCUCCCUGACAUGAGGAACUUCACAGGGCUGGAGAUUCUCAACCUGAGGGAUGUGCCUUUCCACUGCGACUGCCAGCUCCUUCCCCUGCACAGGUGGAUCAGCAAACUCAACCUCCACGUGGGGGCCACCUGUGAGUCGCCACCUGAAGCCCAGGGGCUGAAGGUGAAGCUUUCUACCACUUUCCAAAGCUGCCCUGGCUGGGGCAGAGGCAAGGAUGUAGGAGGCAGUUCUGACAAGACCAAGGCUGCAAGCAAACCCAGCAAGAAAAAAAGAUCAGGAAAAUCAGCAGCCAGAGGCUUCAAGAAGAGCAGAGCUUAGGAAUGUGUGCAGAACACAGCAGGGCCAUUUGUACCCAGGGUCUGGUGAGAGCAGGUUUUUCCAGGCUUGUUGCCACCACAGCACCAUGGAUAUUGCACGGAGUGCAAAAGAGAGAGCUUUGGUGUCACCAAAGGGAUGCUGAUAUGCCAAAGAUGUGGGGCUUGGUUUUCAGGAUGCAGAAUCAUGUUACCCUGGAAAGAAACGGUGCCAAAAGCUUCCGUAGUGUUUGCAGCAGAAGCGCUGAUGCUUCAAACAGCAAAGCCAACCAUUUGCUUUUCCUCAUGGAUGGAGGGAGCCGUGGAAAGAAAAAGAUGGAAUCCAUAAGUUUAAGAGUGCUGAGAAACAACUGAAGAUCCCUGAGUGGGACUGCAACCAGCAUCAAUGCAUGAUCCUGCACUGGCUCCAAAUCUUAGAACAGGAAGCUUUGAAAUUGUCAUGGGUGAAACACUGACUGAACUCCCAGCAGCUCCUCAGCAUUAAAA